AUGGUGCAAACGCCAGGUCGAACAAACAAAAGGAAGAAAACGGCGAGUCCCAAGAAAAAUCCAGUAACAAGUCCAAAAUCGCAUGGGUCAAGUAGCAAUCAGUCGGGGAAGAAGACAGAUGCAUACACCAAUGAAAAUGAAUUAUGGUUUUGCAUAUUUGGGAUAUUUGUUAGGUUCUCUAUGGUUGGCUUAUGUUUAGUGUCCAGUCUGCGAUGCGAGGGGAACUGUGACAUAGAUACACUUGAAAACAGUCCUUCAAGUUUGAAGGAAAAAUAUUUCAGCCAACUAAACAUUGUCACAUAUGAAGAUGUGAGGGAUGCAUUCAUGUCGGCUAGCCAACUCCCAGAACAGGAUGUUGUUGAAGUCAUGAUAGAUGAAGAUGUUGCAAAGCUUGGAGCUCUGUAUNGAUGGUGCAAAGCUUGGAGCUCUGUAUUUCAUUACAUCCUUCAUGUUCCUAAGAGAUUACAAGAAGGUGGUUGA